AUGAACUCAGAAAAAGAUGACAAAAACACGACGGGAUGCAAAGUGCAGAUGACCACGGAAAAUGCGAAACCAAAUAGAUAUGAAUUAUAUGGCAAAAGUGAGACUGGGAAGGUGGUAGAUGCUAAUUUGAAAACGUCACCUUCUCCAAAUUCUACAACAAACACAGUCGGACUGAGUGUGCUGAGCCGAGGAAAUCCUCGCGAGAGAGGAUUUACACUGCACGUUAAAGAGCUUGUUGUCCCAGGCAAGGAUGAUGGAAAUUUAAACUCAGCACUUACAGCGCAAAGACCAAGAAGCGCCAUCAGUGCCGAGCAAAGCAACUUUUGCAGUUUGUUUGGCAUUUCGCUUAGUCAACCGUUGAAGUACAGUCGUAAUGCUGUAAACAUCAAAGAAGUCAUGGGGAAACAACGAAGAUCUUCGUGUUCGGAUCUUACCAAACGGAACUAA